AACGACAAGCAAAAGGCAACGCAUAAGGCAACGUAAACGGUUGAGUUAGUGAGAUCUUGCAUGCUAUUUAUUAAAGCGCAACAGUAAACAACAAAAAAAUAAAAAUAAAAACAAAAUACGUAGAUUAUAAUUAUUCAAAAAGUAAAGCAUAAAAAAAGUAAAAGUUACGUUACAAAGUCAAUUUAGGCACAGAAGAUACCACAACAGUAUUUGUACGAGCAUACGAAUCAAAAUGCCAUAAAAAUCAGUUCUUGGAAUUUUUGGUAACAUAUAUAAACGGUUUCUGAGAAUUACCAAUACCAGUGCCAACAAGUGCCUCGUUCCCGUGUGUGCCCCACAGGUAUUUGUCUAUCGGAUAGCAAAGAUGCAAAUAAAUAAACACAAGCGAACAAUGCAACAAAUAAGCUGCAAUCAAUUAACACUGGCACUUGCUCUGCUCUUUGGCCUGCACAUCUUGGGCUCAAACGGACAGCAUCCGUCACCCGGCUGGGUGGUGCCCGAGAAGGCAGAAGUGCCCGUUGGCAGCGAUCUGAACAUCAGCUGCACCAUAAACCAGGCAUUCUUCGACUCCUCGAAGACCAACGAGAGCUGCAACGUAUCCGAUCUGUAUUUCAAGGCGAACAUAAAUGGUCGUCGAGAGUAUUUCAAUGGCACCGAUCUGCAAUUGGUCAACGAUACCACAAUUCUGAUGUCGUUUACGAACAUGUCCGAUCAGGAGGGCGAAUAUCUGUGCAUGUGCAAGGAAAUGGGCAUGUUCUCGUCCCAGGUGGAUGUCGGCACCAAACCGUUGCCCGUCGACAAUUUCGAUUGCACCAGCUACGAUUGGGAGUAUAUGUUCUGUAAUUUCACGGCGCCACGGAAUAGCAUCAAUACCAAAUACAAUAUCAGCUUUACCACGGAGAAGAAUACCAAUUAUCGUUACUAUGUCGAUUGCAAUUUUGAUGCAUCGCCGCAGGUCAAUUGCAACAUAACCAGCGAGCAGUAUAAAAAGUUUCCCGAAUGGUAUUAUUUUCGUCUGGAUAUUGCCAACAGUUUGGGCAACGAUAGCCAAGAUAUUAAGGUGGAUAAUGUGGAGCGCAUGAUCCUGGCACGACCCGGACAGAAUUUGAAAGUUCUGAAUCGCACCAAAGACUCGAUUUGCUUAUCGUGGGAAAUGCCGCGACGCAGCAAUUUUAUUGGCGGCGUCUUGUGGCAGGUGCAUGUGACGCCCGAGAAUUUUCCAUUAUUAAAACGGCCCAUGUGGCGCAACAGCUCCUCGGCGGCCAAGGAUACGCUCUGUCUGACUGAACUGCCCUAUCCGGGCUACAAUUAUCUGCUCGAGCUGCGCGUGCGCAACAACAAGACCAAAUCCCGCUGGAGCCAGCCGCUCAGCUAUCCAUUUCGCACGGUCGCCGAGCGGCCAGCACGACCGCCUCGCAUGACCAACGGCAGCUUCUACGUCUACUCAACGGGCGAAUCGCUGACCCUCUACUGGGAGCAGCUGGCGAAGCACGAGCUGAAUGGCGACAAUUUUACCUAUAUCGUCAGCGAGUAUCGCUGCAACAAUACAAUCACCGACACCUCGAGGAUCAAGGUGGACACGAACUCGGCGACAAUUGAGAACUAUACACAGGAUGCAUACCACGAGAUCUACAUACGCAGCAGCAACAAUGUGAACACGUCCGUGGAGGCGAGUCGCCUCUUCAUACCCAUGAUCAGCAGCGAGGAUACCAGCCUGCGCGUCCCGAUGAAAAUCCAGCGUGUCUAUCACUCGAGCAACUCGAGCUAUACGCUCGGCUGGAAGGCGCCCAGGAACAGCUCUCAACUGGUCGACUAUACGGUCUUCUGGUGCCAUGCGAAGCCGGCGCUGCUCUCCAAGUGCAAUGGCUCCAUACACUUCGAGCAUGUGGCUCCGGAUCGGCUGGAGUAUAGCACGGCGAGCGGUCAGUCGCCAUCAUUGAAUAUGGCCGUCUCGGCUAACUAUUUGGGCCGCAAUACGGGCAUGCAUUGGGUGACCUGUACGGGCGAUGGCAAUGAUGAUCUGGCCAAAAUGGAUCCGGCCAUUGACGAUGCGAGCAACACAUCGCUCACCGUCAAAUGGGGCACCGAGGGCGUCUGUGCGGCCAUCCUGAGCGGCUACAAUCUGACCUAUUGCCAGCGUUCCGAGGGCAAAGCGGACAACUGCACCACCAAGGAGCUGACCAAGGAUGUCACCGUCUAUACCAUCAACAACCUGGAGCCGUUCACCUACUAUGGCAUCAAGAUGUCCAUGUAUUCCCUGAAACGUGCCAGCAAAUACAGCGACGAGCUCAUCUGGCGCACCAACGAGGGCGCUCCAACACCGCCCCGGGAGCUCGUCCAGCUGAACGUGAGCAGCUCGAGUGUGCUGCUCGCCUGGAAGCCGCCGUUGAAGGCGAACGGACUGUUGCGCGAGUAUCGCGGCACCGUUUCCCAUAAUAAUGAGACGCUUCAUUUUUAUUUGCGCGCCUUCACCGAUGAGCUGGUGGACACCGAGAAGCACAUCUACUUCGAACUAAACAAUUUAACAGCCUACACUCAGUACGAGAUUGUGCUGCAAGCACGGACCGUACUCUAUUCGGAGCCGAGCAAUGUCAUAAGCUUUCGCACCGCCGUCGGAGUGCCCUCGCAGCCCAUGCUGAUACACGUGGAGAAUACCCAGCUGAGCACCACGCUGGAGUGGACGGCACCGCAGCGUCCGGCUGGACGUCUUGAGUUCUACGAGGUGGUCAUCAUAGAGCGGAAUGCCAAUAACACGGUAAUUGGCCAACCCUUGAGCUAUGUGAGCGCGCGCCCGAAUUUGACCUGUGUCAUGGCGACGCCCGUGUGUACGCCGCUGCACCGUUUCCAUUACCAGGUGCGCGCUGUAAAUGCGGAGCCGCUGCAUCCACAACUGGUAGCGGAAAAUACGAUUUGGCGCUUGGCGCAGACGCAAAAGUGCGUGGCCCAGCCGCCGCUGACCGAUGGCGAGUGGAGCGCGAUACAGACGUACAAUAAUUCGAGCCUGUAUCGAUUGUACAAGUCGAGCUGGGCCAAGCACGAGGUGAGCUGCUCGCCGGAUCCGAGCAAUACCAAGCUGCUCGUCAGCUCCAUGGAGGUGAUUGUCGCAUUGAUUGUGCUGGGCGUUGUCUGCCAUACGGGCUAUCGCAAGUAUCAGAAGAUGGCGGACAUUGAUCUGGUGCUGCCGCCGGGCAUUGUUGAGACCCUCAAGAAGCCCAUCGAGAUCGGGGUGAUGAGCGGCAAUGGCGGCGGCGGCGGCAACGCUGGCAACGCUGGCAGCGGCGGCAUCGGCAUCGGCAUUGGCGGCGGCAUUGGCGGCAUCGUUUGCACACGGAUCGAUCCGAUACCGGACUAUAAUAUAUAUUCGCCGCACGAUAUGCCGCACGACUUUGGCAGCGGCAAUGAGAGCUCCAAGCUGCUGCUGGCCAACAAUUCGAGCAGCGGCUGUUGCAAUGAGCGCGACAACUAUGAGGAGCCGACGGCCAGGCGGCCACCAGCCAGCUACAUGUCCAUGAGCCAGGGCCUGCUGCUCGACGAUGACGGCCAGGCGGGCGCCACGGAAAUGCAGACCAGCAACAGCAAUGCCACGCCCAGUCAUGGCAAUGCCAGCGGCUACAUAAAGCCAACCAAAAUGAUGAACUGGCCAACGCCCAGCAGCAUGGCCAACACAUUGCCCAGCGGCAAUGCACAGACGCUGUCGACCACGCAGCCGAUGCUCGUGACAAUGCCAUUGAGCGGCUAUGUGCCCGUUCAGGUGCUGCAGGCGCGACAGACACCGGCGCCGCCGGUUGCAGCGCCGGUUCACUUGCUCAACACCAGUAACUAUGUCCAGGCAGCCGAUCUGCACAAGCUCAAGCCGCCGACAGCGACAACUGGACCAUCACCAGCAGCAGCAGCACCAAUUGGAGUCGCAACAGUUGUCUCAGCAUCAGCAGCAGCAACUGGAGCAGCAACAACAACAACAACAGCUCUGUCGUCGCCAUCGUCGCCACGGUCGCCAUCGUUGCCGCCGGCGCCCGCCGCAACAACGCUGAUGCCCACCGGCUUUGGCUAUACGGCCAUGGAGCAGCUGCAGCGCAACGGCCUGAUGAAACCAACCGGAGCAGCGCUGCAGCAGAGCGCGGCGACGGCACAGAAUGCUCAACAGACGACGCAGAGAUUGCAGCCAAAUAUUGGCGGAUAUGUGACGCCGCAGGAUCUGAACGCAUUGGCGCACAAUCGUCAUAUGCUCUAAGCUGGACCAGGAUCAGCAAGCAGAGACGAACGGAGAGCGAGAGAUUUUUUUCGGGGGGAUUUUUUUUGCUGCGUUGGUGGCGAAUGAAACAUUCGUUUGUGGCCAGUGCAGCCAGCUAGCAGCUACUAUUGCCUUCCACACACACACACACACACACCUGGAGAGAGAGAGCGCGAAGGAGAGAGAGAGAGAGAGAGAGAGAGAGAGAGGGAGGAAGGGAAACACUCCAUGACAAUUGCACCGACAAAUCAGCACAUUUUGCACAACUGCACAACCUUUUGGUACUUACACACGCACACCCAGCUACACACACACACACACACACACACACACUCACACAGCCCGGCCACUUGUAUUUAAAAAAAAA